UUUGCUCCAGCAGAUGUUGGUCUGCAGGAGGUUCUAGAGGAACAUAAGAUCAGUCUGAGGAGGAGAUGUGAAUGUGUGACUGAAGGAAGUGAUGAAACAGGAAGUAGAACCCUCCUCAACAGGAUCUACACUGAUCUCUACAUCACAGAGGGAUGGAGUGAAGAGGUUAAUACCCAACAUGAGGUGAAGCAGCUGGAGAGAGCUUCCAAGAUCCAGAACCUCCAUGACUCUCCAAUCAGGUGCCAUGACAUCUUUAAAUCCUUCCCUGACCAACAUGGAGCCAUCAGAGUGGUUCUGACCAACGGCGUCGCUGGUGUUGGAAAAACCUUCUCGGUGCAGAAGUUCACUCUGGACUGGGCCGAGGGCUUGGAGAACCAGGAUGUCAGUGUGGUGGUUCUGCUGUCGUUCAGGGAGCUGAACCUGAUCAGAGAUCAGCAGCACAGUCUUCUCUCGCUGCUCCAUGUUUUCCAUCCAACACUCCAGAAGCUCCCAGCAGAGCAGCUGGCUGUCUGCAAACUGCUCUUCAUCUUUGAUGGCCUGGAUGAAAGCAGACUUUCACUGGACUUCAACAGCAGGCAGCUGGUUUCUGACGUCACACAGAAGUCAUCAGUCAACGUUCUGCUGACAAACCUCAUCAAGGGGAACCUGCUUCCCUCGGCUCUCAUCUGGAUAACUACCAGACCUGCAGCGGCCAAUCAGAUCCCUCCUUCAUGUGUUUCCAGGGUAACAGAAGUACGAGGCUUCACCGACGCCCAGAAGGAGGAGUACUUCAGGAGGAGGUUCAGUGAUGAAGAGCUGUCCAGCAGAAUCAUCUCCCACAUCCAGACCUGCAGGAGCCUCCACAUCAUGUGUGGAAUCCCAGUCUUCUGCUGGAUCACUGCUACGGUUCUGGAGAACAUGUUGACCUCAGAGCAGAGAGGAGAGCUGCCCAAGACCAUGACUGACAUGUACUCACACUUCCUGCUGGUCCAGACAAAGAGGAAGAAGAACAAGUACCAUGGAGGACAUGAGACAAGUUCACAGGAGCUGAUGGAGGCAGACAGGGAAGUUCUUCUGAAGCUGGGGAAACUGGCGUUUGAACAUCUGGAGAAAGGAAACAUCAUGUUCUACCAAGAAGACCUGGAGCAGUGUGGUCUGGAUGUUACAGAGGCCUCGGUGUACUCAGGAGUUUGUACAGAGAUCUUCAAAAGAGAGAGUCUGAUCUUCCAGCAACCAGUUUACUGCUUUGUUCACCUGAGCAUCCAGGAGUUUCUGGCUGCAGUUUACAUGUUCCACUGUUUCACCAGCAGGAAUAAAAGGGUGGUGGAGGAGUUCCUGGGAGAAAAAUACAGUGGUUUCACCAGCAGGAAAACAGGGGUGAUGAAGAAGUUCCUGGGAAGAAAUUACUUUAAAACAUCUAUGGAGGGUUUCAUGAACAGAGUUAUGUCUAAAUCCUUCAGCAGUAAAAAUGGCCACCUGGAUCUGUUUGUUCGUUUCCUUCAUGGUCUCACUCUGGAGUCCAACCAGAGUCUGUUAGGAGGCCUGCUGGGUCAGACAGAGAUCAGUCCAGAAACCAUCCAGAGAAUCAUCAACAAUCUGAAGGAGAUGAACUCUGAUGAAAUCUCUCCUGACAGAAGCAUCAACAUCUUCCACUGUCUGAUGGAGAUGAAAGAUCUCUCAGUGUUUCAGGAGAUUCAACAGCUCCUGGAAUCAGGGAAGAAGCUCUCAGAGAUCCAGUGUUCAGCUCUGGCCUUCAUGCUACAGAUGUCAGAGGAGGUUCUGGAUGAGUUGGACCUAGAAAAGUACAACACAACA